AUGAGGUGCCGAAUAUAUAAAAAGAAAGUCGUCCUCCUCACUUUAGUGGUGGUAGCCUGCGGCCUGGCACUGUGGAACAGUGGCAGGCAAAAGAAAAAUGACUUUGUUCAAGACUUGGAGAUAGAGAAACCACAUGGAAGGGCACAUGUGUCUCCAGGGAAUAGGAAAAUUUCCAACGACUCUGCCCCUGAAAAGAUACAGAAACCAGAGGUGGAUAACAUGACAAUGGUGUACAGAUCAGUAGUUUUUCAGCUGAAUUUUGACCAAACUAUUAAGAACUUGGAAAAAAUUACCAACCGGCCACAGGAUGACCUGGUUAUUGUAGUGCAAGUGCAUAAUCGACCGGACUAUUUAAGAUAUCUCUUGCAGUCUUUACGAAAAGCUAAGGGCAUUGAGAAUGUUCUGUUGAUUUUCAGCCACGAUUACUGGUCGGCAGAAUUGAAUCAGAUUGUCGCAAGUGUGGAUUUCUGUCAAGUGCUCCAAAUAUUUUUCCCAUUUAGCAUACAGUUAUACCCCAAUGAAUUUCCAGGGCACGACCCAAAAGACUGCCCUAGGGACAUAGAGAAAAAAGACGCCAUUAAGCUUGGUUGCAUCAAUGCAGAGUACCCAGACUCCUUUGGGCAUUACCGCGAGGCUAAAUUUUCACAAACCAAGCACCACUGGUGGUGGAAGCUGCAUUUUGUGUGGGAAAAGGUAAAGGUAUUAAAAGAGCACAAGGGUCUAGUCCUUUUCAUCGAAGAGGACCAUUACCUGUCUCCAGAUUUCUAUUACAUCCUUAAAAAGAUGUGGAGCAGAAAAAAUGAAGAAUGUCCAGAGUGUGACGUGUUGACCAUUGGAAGCUAUGCUCGUCUCCAGACGUUUGCUGAGAAAGCAGACAAAGUGGAGGUGAAGACAUGGAAGUCUACAGAACACAACAUGGGGAUGGCCAUAACCAGAAACACAUAUCUAAAGCUCAUAGAGUGUGCAGACACUUUUUGUUCUUACGAUGACUAUAACUGGGACUGGACCUUGCAGCAUCUGACAGUCAAUUGUCUUCCCAAGUUCUGGAAAGUGAUGGUUCCCGAAAUUCCUAGGAUAUAUCACAUUGGGAGUUGUGGAAUGCACCAUAAGAAAUCUUGCAAACCCACCACAGAAAGUGCCAAAAUCGAGGCUAUGUUUACAGGCAACCAACCGUACUUAUUUCCUGAGAACAUAGUGAUCAGCCGGCGAUACUCAAUGGGUGCUCUGUCCCCACUGGUGAAAAACGGUGGGUGGGGAGACAUUAGAGACCACGAACUAUGUAAGAGCUAUCGCAGACUGCAGUAA